AUGGUGUUUAACAGCUUAAUUGUAUUAUCAGUAGCCCACAUAUCAGCAGACGCAUGGCAACAAAUAGCAUGCUUAAGGUUACAAGAUCGAGUAAGCAGUCACCAGCUGCUUGAUCUUGUUUGUUGCUUUCCUCUUCAACAACUGGGCCGUUUUGCUCUUUACAUCUGGACUUUCCUCUGCUUGCCUCCUCCUGAUUCUUUCAUGUCUUCUUACUCUUAUCAAUCCACAUCAUCAGAUGACGAGGAUCAUCAUCCUCAUCGUCUGUAUGGUCAUCGUGAUCAUGCCUCUUCCUCCUCCACCUCUAUUGGUAGAGAAAGAGGAAAUAUGCUGGAAAGUUGGCCAAAGUUAGAUUUCGAUGAGCAUCGAGUUAGUUACAAGGUUUUUGCAUUUCCUUUUGGCAUCUUUGACUCUCAUCAUUUUCGAACUUCUCAUGGAGAGGUCAUCAAAUAG